ACACACUCAUUACAUGGUACCAGGAAUCAUUUAAAAUCGACAUAUAUAUAUAUAUAUAGUCAUUCGAAAUCCGUUCUCGCUUGUAUUUGUAUUGCUACAACUAAUAAUGUCUCCUCUCAACACACUUCACUUGCAUAGGAUCUUCGACAAGCUAGAUAGAAAUAAGGAUGGCCAUGUGAGCAUAGAUGAGCUUAUGUGGCUUCUUGAGAGUACCGGGGUGGGUGCUAAACGAGACGAGCUCGAGCUGUUGGUAGGUCGAAAGGCCCUUGACCCAGUCGAUUUUCUGUUCUUUUAUGAAACCUUGAUUGGUAAGGGGAAAAGUGGUAAUGAUUGUUUUGUCCAAGAAAAAAAUGAUGAAAUCUUGGAGAGGGAUCUUCGAAAAGCUUUUAGGGUCUUUGAUUUGAAUGAUGAUGGGUUCAUUUGUUGUAAGGAGCUCAAAAUUGCAUUGUCAAGAUUAGGGUUGUGGGAGGAGCAUUGUGGGCAAGAUUGCAAGCGUAUGAUUGAGGUGUACGAUACCAAUUCGGAUGGUUUUCUUGAUUUCGAGGAGUUUAAGGCUAUGAUGUUGUUUGAUCAUUAAUCCUUAGCCUCUUCUUGGAAUUCUUUUUGCUUUGUAUAUAGUCAUGUUUAAUUCAAAAAUAGGUCAAAAUAACGUCAAUUUGCACA